AUGACCAAACAAUUCACCGUCGCCAUCAUAGGCGGCGGUAUCGGCGGCCUCACCCUAGCAGCCGGUCUCCUCAAACGCAACAUCCCCGUCACAAUCUAUGAAGCAGCGCCGCUCUUCCAAGAAGUCGGUCUGGGCCUGAGUAUUGGGCCUGCCGCCCACCGCGCCCUGCCCCUCAUUGAGCCCGCCCUCCGCCGCAUCUACGACUCUCUGAUCACCACUCACGCUGACAGUCCGGGUUUUGAGCGCUUCCGCGAGACCUGGUGUGAGGUAGUCACUCCAGACGAUCAGGUCCUGAUGGAACUGAAGGCCAGGCCAUCGGGGCAGACCACCGUACGAAGGGCGGACUUUCUUGAUGCCCUUGUUGCGCUGAUCCCGCCGGAGAGGGCCGAGUUCGGGAAGCGGUUGGUGCGGUUAGUGGAGGGGGAUGAGGGCGUUCGGCUAGAGUUCGAAGACGGCACGACUGCACACGCGGACGUUGUCAUCGGGUGCGAUGGGAUCCGCUCAACAGUCAAGCGCUUCGUCCUAUCCGAAGAGGAACACGCCCGCGCCACCCCCCGAUACAGCGGCAUGUAUGGAUAUCGCACUGUGCUAGACAUGCCGGACAUGGUUGCCGCCGUGGGGGAGCAUCGCGCGCGCGUGACGACGCUGUAUCUGGGUAAGGGCGUGUACGGCGUGUCGUAUCCCAUUGCGCGCGCACAGCAGGCCAAUGUUGGGCUGUAUGUGCUGCGUAAGGAGUGGGAGGGUGAGGAGUGGGUUAGGCCCGCUGGGAAGGAGGAUCUGCGGAGGGAUUUUGCCCAUUUGGGGGGGUUUGUGCAGGGUUUGGUUGAUCACAUGCCCGACUCACAGCAAUGGGCCAUCUUCGAGCAUCCCUCGAUCUCGACAUAUGCGCGCUCGCGCGUGGCUAUCCUCGGAGACGCAGCGCAUGCGUCGACGCCUCAUAUGGGCGCCGGGGCGGGACAGGCGAUCGAGGAUGCCCAUGUCUUGGUCGAGCUACUGGGGGAUCCCCGCGUUAUGCGCGCGCGCGAUGUAGUCGCCGCAUUCAAGGCGUAUGAUGCGGUGCGGCGGCCGCGCAGUCAGCGCGUCGUUACCAGUAGUAAGGAGCAGGCGGACUUGCUGUGCUUGUGUCUGGAUGGGGUGGGUGCGGACGAAGACAAACUGAGAGGUGCGUUCGAGGAGCGGCUGCGGUGGUUGUGGGAUGGGGAUGUAGUGGGCGAGGUGGAGCGCGACCCCGUCAUGCUGGGCUUCAGUUCGCGUCAAGACGAGCGGUUGGAGCUGGCGCGCACGCUGGGCGCCACGCACACGGUGACUACGGCAGCUGUGGCCGAUAGAGGGCAAUCGUUGGCGGAUGUGGUGCGCGAGGUGACGGGGGUUUGGGCGCCACGGUGA